AUGAUGAUGUUAUUUCUUAUCAUUUUGAAAAUUAAGUAAAUUUAACCUUCACCUUUAGAUUUAAUUUUGCUGUAGGAAAUUCAAUAUUUGAUAUAUUUUUUUCAACUAUUUUCAAAAUCAUUUUAUUGAUCCAUUUUAGAUUUAAAUAAAUAGAAAUUCAAUGUUUAGGCUAUGCUGUCUUAGCCUAUUAUUUAUUAAGAUUAUUUGCUAUACUGUUUUCAAAAUUUUUUCUUAAUGUUUAUAUACAACGCUAUCAUAUAGUAUUUAUUUUAUAAAAAAUAGUAUAUACAAGGAAUAAAAACAUUAUUGGCACUUUAAUUAAUGUUUAUAAUAUUUAAAUGGAAAGGCAUGAUUGAUUGGAAUUGGUUUGUAAUUUUUAGUGUGUCUUGGAGUUUACUGGUUAUAUUGUUUAUUUUUCAUCUUAUUCUAAUUCUUUCAAUAAUUGAAAUAACGCAUGAUUAUUUAUUAAGGAGAGCAACUAAAUCACAAUUGAUAGGAAGUGUAUGGUUGAUUUUGUACUUUUUUAGUUUUAGUGGAAUUCCAAUGUGGUUUUGUUAUAUAAUUUGUUAAAAUUAAGAAAUAAUUAACUAUCCAAUAAGAUAAUCAAGUCUUACACUUAGUAUCAUAGUUAUUUUAUAAACCUUCAUAAUAUUUAUAUUCUCUACAGUUUUUAGAAAUCAUAUCAAGUAUGUUAUUAUAUCAAAAAUAGAAAUUAUAUUCAAGAUAUUAGUUUUGAAGAAGAAAUAAAAACAUCUAAGAAUGUUUAAAAAUAACCAAAAAUAAAUAAUACUUUACGAAUAUCUUUACCAAAAAAAUUAAUUUAAAUAUCAUCAACAUAUUUUGAAUAUUUUAAAUCAUCCUCUUAAUAGAUAUAAUAAAAUUAAAAUGUUACAAAUAACAAUUGUAGUGUAAUAAAUUAAAAAGUUAAAUUGAAUGCCUUUGAAUUUGUUGCUAGAUUAGAUUAAAUUCAUUCUCCUGAAAAAGAGUCAAAAUUAAUGUAAAAUGAUGAAAAAUGUUAAGUUUGUUUUUUAAAAGAACCUCAAAUUGUUAUAUUCCCUUGUAGACAUGGAGGGAUUUGUAAGGAUUGUUUAAAAUAAUGGUUAUAGCAGUCACCAAACUGUUAUAUAUGUAGAUAAGUAUUAUUAUAAAAUAAUUUAGAAAAUAAAUUAAUUAUGUAAGGUUUAAAAAGAUGAAACAGGAAAUUUUACUAUAAUGGAAACUGUAAUAUGUUAUGUAUGA